GUCUUUCGCACGGCCCAGGAUACACGAUUUCCUCCUCCUCCCCCGCCGGCAGGCCACCGCCGUGUUUCUCCGUUGGCGAUGGCCGGCCCCAUAUCCUGCCUAGCCUCCACCAGUUAACCACGAAUGAUACAAACAACUCUCGUUUCGUGCAGUCAGUCGAGCAAGUCCCAGGUCUCCCGGCCGGCGCCUCGGACCGAGGGGAGAUGGACGCCAGUGUGGGUCUCCGGGCGACGCCCCGUGCCUCCUCCUGGGCCGGACAACAUAAGCCGCACGGCGCCUUCUUCUCCGGGAGAGUCCCGGCGAGUCUCACGUCGGAGAAGCCGGCGCAGCGGCCGCUGGUUUUGGGCUCCGGCACGCCGAUGAGGAGCAUGGAACCGGUCCGUGGAGCCAGAUUCAAGGGCCUUUGUUGCAAGAAAUCGGCAGGUACGGAGAAAGUCCAUUAUUCUGCUGAUGAAGCUCUAAUACUAAAGCAAAAAGCAGAGGAUGUGCUCCCUUGCUUGAAUGACCGUUGUGUUUACCUAGUUGGAAUGAUGGGUUCUGGCAAAACUACAGUUGGGAAGAUCAUAGCUGAAGUAUUAGGCUAUUCAUUCUUUGACAGCGAUAAGUUGGUUGAGCAGGCUGUUGGUAUAUCUUCUGUUGCUGAGAUUUUUCAGGUCCACAGUGAAGCAUUCUUCAGAGAUAACGAGAGUGAGGUGCUAAGGGAUUUGUCAUCAAUGCAUCGAUUAGUUGUUGCAACUGGAGGUGGUGCUGUGAUACGACCAAUCAAUUGGAGCUAUAUGAGGAAAGGGCUAACAAUCUGGUUAGAUGUCCCACUGGAUGCGCUUGCAAGAAGGAUUGCUGCAGUUGGAACAGCUUCUCGGCCCCUGUUGCAUCAGGAAUCUGGUGAUACUUAUGCAAAAGCUUAUGCAAAGCUUACAGCACUUCUUGAAAAAAGAAUGGACUCAUAUGCUAAUGCUGAUGCUAGAGUUUCUCUUGAAAAUGUCGCAUUCAAACAUGGACAUGAUGAUGUCAACGUACUUACACCAAGUGCCAUUGCCAUCGAGGCAUUGCUAAAGAUGGAGAGUUUUCUUACGGAGAAGGCCAUGGUCAGAAACUGACAAGACCUCGAUGGUUUAAAGGAACGACAACCUACAGUCCGUGUUCUUUGUGCUAUAUACACCUUUGCAUAAGACAUCUGUUUUAAUAUAGCCAGAGCUUGUUUGUUUAUCAUAUAUGAUAGAGGAUGACUUGAGUUUCUACUUGUGUGAAUGAAUAUGUAAAUAGUUCUCAAUUAAGAGAAUGUGUGUCUUGUCUUUUAUCUUGUUGCAAUAAGAUAUAUGGGAAUCGGGAGGAAAUA